CCUAGUUAUAUUCCAUCAGACUAUUCCAUUAUCACAUAUGAGAUAGGAUAUCAUAUUUCACAGUAUGGUAAUUGUUUGAUGGCUAAUGAUAAUAACAUUUUAUCUGAAAUAUUACAAUUCCAUAAUUCAACGAAUGGCAAUACAUUUAUUACCAUUACUGGUCUUAUUGAUGAGUCUUGUUAUAUUUUUGGUGUACGUGCAUACACUGAUAAUGGAUAUGGAGAAUGGGCAGUUAUUGCUAAUGAGACAUUAAAACUACCACCAUUAUCAGAUAGUAUUAUUGCUCUUAGUGUGUUGGUGGGUAUAUUGUGUGGUCUACUAACUGUCAUUGUUAUUGUUCAUAUCUACUGCUUUAUAAGAAAGAAAAGUCUAUGUACUAUUAAUAAGGAAACAAAAGCUGAUGAUGAUAUUUCAAUGCAAGUAUGUGCACCAUAUGAAAUCCACAAGGCAAAACAAACUGAAGAGAAUGAAGGAGUUUAUGAUGAAUGUCAAACAUCACCUGAUGAUGUUUAUGAGCAUAUACCACAAUAAAUGUACUGGAAUUACUUAAGUGUAACUCUUAAAAUAAUGUUUUCACUAGUUUAGUGUAUCAAUUUGUUUUACAUAUUACAUAGUUUGUGUGAAAAAAGAAUACAACUUUAUGAGU